AGGGGUUUCUUUUGCAGUGAAACGAAUUUUGCAAUGAUAUAGUAUUAUUAUUGUACUUUCUCACCUUCACUCUAUUUUAUCAUCAGUGGUCACUGCUACUGCUACUUCUCUCUGCUUUUAUUUUCUCUAGGGUUUGUUCCACUUGUAUAGUCUCUCCCAUACUUUUUACACUUCAAGAAUCCUCAUCCAACUGUUUCUGUUCCUUCUUUACAGAGAAGAAGUUCUCUUCACAGAGUGUUCAAAAGAAGCAAAACCAUAGAGAUUUCAGCUACUAAUCAAACCUUUUUCACCCAAUUUCACGAAACCCAUAUCACAAUUUUUGUUACUAUGAACUCUUUUCAUCAAUUCUAAGCUAAAAUCGAAAGCAACCAGCCAACCAUAGUUUCGGACUCUUUUCAUCAACAAAAACUUAAAAACAGAACAAGUAGAAAAUUCUGAAUCUUCAAUUAUAGUAAAAUGUCAGUAGAGCAACAACAACAGCAACAACAACAGCAGCAACAGAUGCAACAGCAGCAGCAGAUGCAACAACAGCAGCAGCAGAUGCAACAACAACCACCGCAAUUGGGUUUAUCACAACAAGUUUAUAAUAAUAAUAUUAAUACAAGUCAUUCAAAUCAUGGAUCAAUUGGUACAGUGAUAGCAGUUGUAACUGUGAUUACAGUAUUAGGAUUUGUGGCUGGCAUGAUUGGAAGACUGUGUUCAGGCAGAAGAGUUAGAGGAAUUGGACAAUAUGAUUUUGAAAGUUGGGUUGAGGCAAAAUGUUCUUCUUGUAUUGACGGAAGAAUUAGUCAUCCUCAACCACAAAGACAACCACCACCACCACAACCAUCUUCACCCAACAUUUCAUCAUCUCCUGAUCAUUCUGUUCCAGUUCCAGUUACAUUAGAUGUCUCUGAGGAAGUAAUGAAGGAAUCCCCAAUAAAUUAUCAUUCUCAUCAAAACCCACAUGCAGCUUUCAGUUCUUGACCUUUUAGUUUUAACUUUCUCUAUCCUUAUCGUCUGUAACUUGCAUGUGAAAUGUUCUUUUUUUGUCUCUUCUAUUCUGUUUUGGUAGUUUUGGUUUCAGAAUGCUUGCUUGUAUCUUAUGAUCAUGUCUUUCCUUUGGAAAAGAGUUGGGGUUUUUGAUGAUCCACACCAUAUUUGAUCUUGUAUGGGUGUUGUAAGUUCUGGGAUCAUUUGACAGACCACACCAUCAUCAUCAUAAUCACCUCAUUCAAAGUGAACUAAUGAUCUCUUUUCGUUUUUCUUACGUAGUAGAAAAGAAGAUUAUUGUCCAUAUUAGUGGCCACAUAAAUAAAUCACGGCAGCAAAAGAAAAGUCACAACUACCAAGAAGCAGGGAAUACCCACCGGUAGAUUUUAUUAGAAUAUGGUGGUGAUAGUACAGCAUGUUGUUCGAAAGGGUUAUGUCAAAAUAUUGCUCUUCAGGUCAUGAAUGAUUUGCCAUACCA